GAGUUCGAAAAUAUUAAUUUCCGGUGAAGCUGACUAAUCUGAGCAGGAUGUCGAGUCGUCGCCCUAAUCCUGCUCUGCGCAGUCGCGAGCGCUGCCUUCUGGCUGACUGUACCAAACGUGCGUAAUGCUCUGAUCCGGUCCUCGAUUCCCACUCACCAGUCGACCACUGCUCGCGGUAUGGCAGUCACAGCGCGGCAUUGCAGCAUACUUAAAGCAUCGUCGUCUGCGGAUCACACACAAAAUGGAUCCACCUAUCCUCCUCCAUCAUCUUCGUUCUCCCGCACAAACCCUGCACCAUCAUGACCAUCAGCCCACGCGGACAGAAGCGCAGCAUUCGCAUCGCGAACUGCUCCGGCGCAAUGAGUGACGAGGGUGCUUUCAUGUACAAGCAGUGCACCGAAGGUCCCAUCGACGCCGUCACCGGGGACUACCUCGCCGAAGUCAACAUCGCGGCAAACUCCCAGGCGUACCGCGCUGGCACCCAUCCCGGCUGGGAACCCACGGCCGAAGAAGGCUUGAUGCUCAGUCUCGACGUCAUUGCUGAGAAGGGUAUCAAAGUCGUCAUCAACGGAGGGUCCCUCAACCCGAAAGGUCUUGCCGAGAAAGUUCACUCUACCGCGGUCGAACGAGGACUUGACCUGAAGAUCAGCUACGUUACCGGCGACGACUUCUAUGACCAAGUCGACUCUCUCCUCACUCCUGAACGUCACUUGGCCCACUUCGAUUCCGCCAACCACGACGUCAAGCUGGCCAAGGAUACCGACGAUUUCCUGAACGACCCCAACCGCGUCAUCGUCUCUGCCAACGCUUACAUUGGCGCGAGAGGUAUCGUUGCCGCACUGCGCGCCGACGCCGACAUUGUCAUUUGCGGUCGCGUCGCCGAUGCUUCCCCUGUCAUUGGUCUUGCGAUGUGGUGGCAUGGCUGGUCUGAGAAAGACUACGAUUUCCUGGCCCAUUCACUUCUGGCAGGUCAUCUUAUCGAAUGCUCCGGUUACGCUACCGGUGCUAACUUUGCCGACUUUGAUCGCUACCGGCCUCAGGAGAAACUUGUUGAUCUCGGAUAUCCAAUUGCAGAAAUCAGCAGCGAUGGCACCUUUGUUAUUACGAAACAUGAGACUCUCAACGGAAUCGUGAAUCUGGAUACCGCUCGUGCUCAACUUCUCUACGAGCUUCAGGGAAACCUCUACCUCAAUUCUGAUGUCACGGCCGAUCUUGCCAACGUCGAAAUCAAGGAAAUCGGCAAAAACAGAGUUGAGUUCAGUGGGGUUAAGGGCCUCCCACCGCCUCCGACAACCAAGCUUGCGAUUUUCUAUGUUGGUGGAUUCCAGUGCGAGGGCAUGAUUGUGGCCACCGGCCGCAACUCUACCGCUAAGUUCGACCUUCUCAAGCUUCAGAUUACGAGGGCACUCGAGAUCCUUGGUACGAAAGAUCAGCUUGAUAUCCUGGACUUUCAGGAGUACGCGCACGCUGAGCCCAAUCCGCAUGAUCAGAAGGCGGGUUCGUCUUUUAUGCGUCUGUUUGCGCAGGCAAAGACUGCGGCGGUCGCGGGAUCUCUUGGGCGUGCACUCUACAAAUUCGGCAUGCAGCAUUUCUCUGGAAUGCACUCGACGAUGGACUACCGCACUUUUAUUCCAAAGCAGUUUCUGGCUUACUAUCCUUCUCUGCUUCCGCAGUCUGACAUCACCGAAAGCGCCGUGAUAAUUGGCAAGAAUGGCGAGAAAGAUAUCGUUAUUCCUGCAGGAAAUAUCUCCGAGUCUAUCAGUCUUUCGCGCGACUCCUACGAGACAUCUAACCCUGUCGACCUUGCAACCUUUGGCGAGACGGUAUACACUGCCAUGGACGAAGUCGUCCUUGGUCGUUCAGGUGACAAAGGCGCGAAUGUCAACAUCGGCCUGUUUGUGCACGAAGACGAUGAAUGGGACUGGCUGCGCACAUACUUCACCGGCGAUCUUAUGAAACGUCUUGUCGGUGAUGACUGGAAGGAUGAAUACUACCUCGAGCGAGUGGAGUUUCCGCAUCUCAAGGCUGUCCACUUUGUCAUUUACGGGAUUCUUGGGAGAGGCGUGAGUUCGAGUGUGCUGUUGGAUUGUCUGGGAAAGGGCUUUGCGGAUUACAUUCGAAGCAAGUACGUCGACGUGCCAAAGAAAUUUCUGGCGAGGUACGAGGGGAAAACAAUCUUGAUUGAGUGAUUGUGGUCUUGUGAUUGUGAUGGCUUUUCAUAUACUAUAUUAUCAAUGCAGCGUCUU